GGCGGCUCUAUAAGAAACCGGCUACGAGAUUUUUCAAAGCGCUUUAUUCAUUCUCGCGUCUCGUUCUCGUGGUGUUGUUUUAUUAUCAUCUUUUUUAUUUACUUAAUUGGUAAUUCGUCGCGUACGGUCGUGCCUAACGUUACCAUACAUCGCUACAUAGUAACAUCGACAUUUCCGAAGGAUUUUUCCAGCGAUUUUAAUCAUGUUUCCUGAGAGCAGCACUGGGUACAGCCAUGAGGAUUGCCAGGCCACAGCUGACUGGCUUCGGUCCCAGACUGCAGUGCAUCCUCUGGUGGGCAUCGUGUGCGGUUCGGGUUUGGGUGGACUGGCUGACGCCUUGAAAGACCAGGUGGCCUUCAACUACAGGGACAUCCCCAACUUCCCCCAAAGUACAGUGCACGGUCACGCUGGACGGCUGGUGUUUGGCACUUUGAAGGGCAGACCUUGUGUCUGCAUGCAGGGACGGUUUCAUCUCUAUGAGGGAUAUCCCAUCCAAAAGGUACGAGCACCCUAUAAUACACACAUUCUGGCUCGUGCGAGUCCAAAACAUGUAAACAAUACGGCUCUUUGUCAGUCUGACAGUUUUAAUAACCAGACUUCAUGUGUUUUAGGCAUGAGUACGGUUCACGAGGUGAUCGUGGCACGGCACUGUGGGAUGCGCGUCUUCGCUCUGUCUUUGAUCACUAAUAAGGCAGUGAUGGACUACGACAGCGAGGAAAAGGCCAAUCAUGAGGAAGUUCUGCAGACGGGCAAACAGCGGUUUCUAUGGAGUCAUGUUUGGUUUUGA